AUUUCUUUGUAUUUUGUAAAAUUUAAGUAUAUGCUGCUUUUGGGAUUGUGCCUUCGUCUCUUCGAUUUUUCUGGUUGUGUGUGGUUUCCCCCAUCGACUCUUCUGGGCUUCCCUCGAUUUCGUUUCGUAACCGAUCCUUUCGAGUUUCGAUCGCCAUCUCCCGACAGAGAAAGCUUCGAGCUCGAGAGAGAAUAAUCCAUGGGCUCCUCGCCGGUUCAGGGUCGGCUCGAUAUAUUCGAGAUAUAUCGCAGAUUUUGUGACAUUCGAUCAAGUCAAGUCUUAUGUAAGAUUAAUAAAAGCAACGAGGAAACACAAAGAACUAAUUAUUCUAAAGAAGCGUUAACUCACCUCAUGAGUCUAGUCGAGAACAAGUUUCAGGCAAGAAACUCCAUUUUUGAUGAAUUGUUCAAGUUGAUGUCACGUCUGGACUUAAUGGUGGACUUCUCUGAGUUUACCCGCUUCUAUGAUUUUGUUUUCUUUAUGUGCCGCGAGAAUGGACAGAAGAGUAUAACUGUAGCAAAAGCUAUUACCGCGUGGAAACUUGUUUUGGCUGGGAGGUUUAGAUUACUUAACCGCUGGUGUGACUUCACUGAGAAAAAUCAACGGCACAAUAUUUCAGAAGAUACCUGGCAGCAAGUCUUGGCGUUUAGUCGUUGUGUUCAUGAGAAUCUUGAAGGAUAUGACUCCGAAGGUGCUUGGCCUGUCCUCAUCGAUGAGUUUGUUGAGCAUAUGUACAGUAUUCUAGGACCGAGUAAGAACACUAGCUUGUCCUGUAACUGUGGUGACACAGAAUCUGAAUCAUGCCUCUAUGAAGAUCCUCUUUCAGAUAAGCAUCAUAAAGAUGAUAGUCGCUACCACACGGGUUUAAGAAGUGUUCCAGGCUUAAAGAGAAAAACAUCCCAAGCCUACGAUGAAGAAGAUGAUGAUGAUGAUGAUGAAGAAGUAUCUGAAAGUCGAUACUCUUAUUCGUCUCCAUACUUGAAACGAUUCAGAUCCGAGGACAGUCCAAGAUGUUCAUCCAACUCGCAUUGUAUGAUUGAGCGAAGUCUCUCACAAGGGUUUGCGAGUCUUUUAUCAACUGGGGAUAAGCCGUGAAACACAAGAAACCAUCCUACAUAAGCAAUAGAUGAUUAUAUACAAAACAAAAAAGAGGUCUCAAGUUAACGGUGAGUUCUUAUUUUGUUGUGAGCUAUAUCAUAUUUGUUCCCCAAUCGAUUUAUAUACUGAGUUUCCAUUUUACAUUUUCGAGUUUUAGAGCAAAAAAGACUAUUAUGCUCCCUGUGUUAUUUAAUGUUGAAUUUUCUUGAGAAAAUUUAAUGAUAAGUAUUACUAGCUA